AUGGAUUUGCGCUUCCCGCACUCGACGGCCGAGGUCGCUGAUAUUCGAGCCGUCCAAUUCGGAAUCCUCAGCCCCGAACAAAUUAGGGGUAUGUCGGUGGCGCGUAUACAGCACGGUGACACCAUCGAAAGAGGUAAGCCGAAGCCCGCGGGCCUGAGCGAUCCGCGGCUGGGGCCCGUCGACCGGCGGAUGAGGUGCGAGACGUGCAUGGCCGGCGUGGCCGACUGCCCGGGCCACUUUGGCCACCUCGAGCUCGCGAAGCCCAUGUUCCACAUCGGCUUCAUGAAGUCCGUGCUCAGAAUCCUCCGCUGCGUUUGUUUCAAUUGCUCCAGGAUUUUGGUCGAUGAGGAGAAUGUGAACUUCAAGCAGGCAAUGAAGAUCAGGAAUCCCAAAAGCCGGCUGAGAAAAAUAGUUGACGAAUGCCGAAAAAAGUCUACAUGCGAAACAGGGUCCGAGCCCGAGCUCGACUCUGAAGGACACUUGAAGAAGACCAAAGGUGGAUGUGGUGCCCCACAGCCUAAGAUUUCCAUCGACGGUAUGAAGAUGACUGCGCAGUACAAGCCCGAGCAGAGAGUGGAUUCGGUCGAGAGGAAGCAACAGCUUUCGGCAGAGAAGGUUCUCAAUAUUUUGACGAGAAUAACCGACGAAGAUUGUCGGUUAUUGGGUUUGGAUCCGGAAUAUUCUCGUCCGGACUGGAUGAUUCUCCAGGUUCUCCCGAUACCACCGCCAGCCGUUAGACCUUCUGUAAUGAUGGGCACUUCUUCUAGUUUUAGGAGCGAGGACGAUCUAACUCAUCAACUGGCGAUGAUUAUUCGGCACAAUGAAAACUUGAGAAAGCAAGCGAAAAGUGGGGCUGCCCCGCACGUUAUAUCUGAAUUUGCACAAUUGCUGCAGUUUCACAUUGCCACUUACUUUGAUAAUGAGUUGCCGGGACAACCCAGGGCUACCCAAAGGGAUGGCCGACCGAUUAAAUCGAUAUGCAGCAGGCUCAAAGCAAAAGGAGGUCGAAUCAGAGGGAACUUGAUGGGCAAGAGGGUAGAUUUUUCGGCACGUACGGUGAUCACUCCUGAUCCGAACAUCAAUAUAGAUGAACUUGGAGUGCCUUGGAGUAUUGCCCUGAAUCUUACAUAUCCAGAAACUGUGACUCCGUAUAAUAUCGAAAGCAGGUUGAGAGAGCUUGUGAAGAACGGGCCUUGUCCCGAUCUUGGCCAAACCGGCGCCAAAUACAUAAUUAGGGACGACGGCCAAAGGCUUGAUCUCCGUUUCUUAAAGAAAGAUACUGUUCACCUUGAGUUCGGUUAUAAGGUCGAGAGGCAUUUGAACGAUGGGGAUUUGGUCCUGUUAAAUAGGCAGCCGAGCCUUCAUAAAAUGUCCAUAAUGGGGCACAGGAUAAAAAUCAUGCCUCACUCCACCUUUCGCCUGAAUUUGUCUGUGACCUCGCCAUACAAUGCCGAUUUUGAUGGGGAUGAAAUGAACAUGCACGUGCCUCAGUCGCACGAGGCCCGUGCCGAGAUCUCAGAGCUCAUGAUGGUCCCCAAAUGCAUCGUGUCGCCUCAGUCAAACCGGCCCGUGAUGGGUAUCGUCCAGGACACACUUUUAGGAUGCCGCAAGAUUACCAAGAGAGAUACUUUUAUUGAGAAGGAUGUUUUCAUGAACAUUUUGAUGUGGUGGGAGGAUUUUGAUGGAAAAGUACCCGCUCCAGCAAUUUUGAAGCCGAGUCCGCUUUGGACCGGAAAACAAGUGUUCAAUUUGAUCAUACCAAAACAGAUAAACCUGUUGAGAUAUUCAGCUUGGCAUCAGGAAAGUGAAAAGGGAUUUGCAACUCCCGGGGACACUCAAGUCAGGAUAGAGAAAGGGCAGUUACUUACUGGCACCCUUUGCAAGAAGACGCUAGGGACAUCCACAGGAAGUCUUAUACACGUUAUUUGGGAGGAGGUUGGUCCGGAUGCAGCCCGGAAAUUCUUGGGGCACGUACAGUGGCUUGUCAAUUAUUGGCUUUUACAGAGUGGCUUUAGCAUCGGCAUUGGUGAUACCAUAGCUGAUGCUUCAACUAUGGAGAAGAUCAACGAAACAAUCUCGAAUGCCAAAAAUGAGGUGAAAGAACUUAUUCGAGCUGCUCAGGAGAAGCAACUGGAGGCUGAACCUGGUCGAACAAUGAUGGAAUCUUUCGAAAACAGAGUCAACCAGGUGUUGAAUAAAGCCCGUGAUGACGCCGGGAGUAGUGCACAGAGGAGCUUGUCUGAAAGCAACAACCUUAAAGCCAUGGUCACUGCCGGAUCAAAGGGAAGUUUCAUCAACAUAUCUCAGAUGACUGCCUGCGUGGGCCAACAGAAUGUGGAAGGCAAGCGUAUCCCUUUUGGGUUCUCAGACCGUACCCUGCCGCACUUCACAAAAGACGAUUUUGGUCCCGAAAGUCGUGGUUUUGUGGAGAAUUCGUACUUAAGGGGUUUGACCCCUCAGGAAUUCUUCUUUCACGCGAUGGGCGGCCGGGAAGGUCUGAUAGACACGGCUGUCAAGACCUCCGAGACGGGCUACAUCCAGAGGCGGCUGGUCAAAGCCAUGGAGGAUAUCGUGGUCAAAUACGACGGGACCGUGAGGAACUCGUUGGGUUAUGUGAUCCAGUUUCUGUACGGGGAAGACGGAAUGGACGCCGUCUGGAUCGAAUCACAGCCGUUGGAUUCCUUAAAACUGAAAACGUCUGAUUUUAACGAAAUGUACCGGUAUGAGUUUGAUGAUCCGAGCUGGAACCCGAGCUACAUGUUGCCCAAGGCCGUCGAGGACUUGAAACUUAUUCAUGAUGUCAGAAGCGUGUUUGAUGCUGAAUUUAGAAGGCUCGAGGCUGACAGGUGGCAGCUGGGAACAGAGAUUGCCGCCAACGGCGACAGCUCCUGGCCGCUGCCGGUCAACAUCAAAAGACUCAUUCUGAACGCGCAGAAGAAGUUUAGGGUUGACUUCCGGACGAUGUCUGACAUGCACCCUAUGGAGAUCGUGGAGGCCGUGGACAAUUUGGAGGAGAGGUUGAAGGUGGUCGCCGGGGACGAUUACCUAAGCAUGGAAGCCCAAAAGAAUGCGACCCUUUUCUUUAAUAUACUGCUCAGGAGUGCAUUGGCGAGCAAGAGGGUGCUCAAAGAGUACAGGCUGUCGCGCGAGGCCUUUGAGUGGGUCCUCGGCGAGGUUGAAUCCCGUUUCAUGCAGUCUCUGGUUUCCCCGGGGGAAAUGAUUGGGUGCAUCGCGGCUCAGUCGAUCGGUGAGCCCGCCACUCAGAUGACGCUCAACACGUUCCACUAUGCCGGCGUGAGCGCGAAGAACGUGACCCUCGGUGUCCCCAGGCUGAGGGAAAUCAUAAACGUCGCCAAAAGUACACGAACCCCGUCCCUCUCGGUUUACCUGAGGCCCGAUGCCGCUAAAACCAAGGAGCGAGCCAAGGAUGUACAGUGCGCCCUCGAGUACACCACCUUGAGCUGCGUAACCCGGGCCACGGAGGUGUGGUACGACCCGGACCCCACGACCACGGUUAUCGAAGAAGACGCCGAGUUCGUGAGGUCGUAUUACGAGAUGCCCGAUGAGGAGGUCGACUUUGACCGGGUCUCCCCCUGGGUGCUUCGGGUCGAGCUGGACCGGGAGAUGAUGGUCGACAAGAAGCUGAGCAUGGCCGACGUUGCCGAAAAGAUCAACCUCGAGUUUGGCGACGACCUCACGUGCAUAUUCAACGACGACAAUGCCGAGAAGCUCAUCCUCCGCAUGCGCCUUUCAAACAACGAGGAUAACGAGGCCCACGAGGAUGACGAUGUGUUCAUGAUGAAAAUCGAGAGCAACAUCCUGACGAAGAUGGCAAUCCGAGGCGUGCCGGGUAUUAGUAAGGUGUUCAUGAAGAAUUGCAAGGUGAACAGGUUCGAGAGGGCCGUGGGAUUCGUGGUGGGGAGCGAGUGGGUGCUCGACACCGAGGGGGUCAACCUUCUGGCUGCAUUCUCUCAUGAAGAUGUGGAUCCCACGCGGACGAGCAGCAACCACUUGGUCGAGAUUAUUGAGGUGUUGGGGAUCGAGGCCGUGCGCAGGGCCCUGCUGGAUGAGCUGCGGGCCGUCAUAUCUUUCGACGGGUCCUACGUGAACUACCGCCACCUGGCGAUCUUGUGUGAUACCAUGACGCACGGGGGCCACCUGACGGCCAUCACGCGCCACGGUUUCAACCGAAACGAGACGGGCCCCAUGAUGAGGUGCUCGUUUGAGGAGACGGUCGACAUUCUGCUCGAUGCAGCCGUGUAUGGGGAGAUGGAUCUUCUCGGGGGAGUGUCUGAGAGCAUCAUGCUGGGUCAACUGGCGCCGGUAGGGACGGGCAGCUGCGGGCUGUUCCUGAACGAUAGAAUUUUGGAACGGGCAGUCGAAAUUCCCUUGCCUAGUUAUGGAGAAGGAGAUUUUGGGCUCGAUUUCUGCACGACCCUAGCCCGUUCUACAUAUCUUGAUGGCUUAAAGUCGCCUGAUUAUUUGCUAAGCCCUUAUAUGAGGCUGUCUCCAGCUGUGGACUGUCGGUUUUCGCCGUACGCUAACAGGAUGGGCUUUUCUUCCCCUUUGUCACCUGAUUACGGUCUGAUACACAGCCCGCCUUCCCCAACAACAUGUAGCCCGAGUUCUCCCACAUACCCCUCGAAAAGAUCUACAUUUCCUUUGACUGCAUCUUAUUCGCCCACUUCUCCUGACUAUAGUCCAAUCUCUCCUAGCUAUACCCCAAUAACUUCUGAAUUUAGACCGACAUUGCCUACUGCUUAUAGCCCGACUUCACCAUGGUGUAGCCAGAUUUCUCCAUCUUCCUCCCCAACCUCACCUUCCACUACCUUUCCUGGUUACACCCCAUCACCUAGGUACAGUCCUACGUCACCCCACUAUAGUCCGACAUCUCCAAGUUACGAUCCCUCGGCAAAAUACACCCCUUCUCUUGAAUAUUCACCCACGUCACCUAGGUACAGUCCUACGUCACCCCACUAUAGUCCGACAUCUCCAAGUUAUGAUCCCUCGGCAAAAUACAGCCCUUCUCUUGAAUAUUCACCUACAAGCCCCAAGAUUGAUACGCCUUUCAGUUCAUACAGCCCCUCCUCUCCAGGUUACAGCCCGACGUCCCCUUCUUAUUCACCUACAUCACCAUCGUAUUCUCCAUCAAGUCCAAGUUACAGUCCAAGCAGGCAUGUCUAUAGCCCCUCGUGCCCAAAGUACUUGGACAUAUCACCCGAGCUUUACACUGCUUGCUCACCACGUAUCUGA